AUUGGGCGGUGGCAGCGCUCAGUCCUCUCCCGCCCCCUGGCGGCCGCGGGGGGGACGGGGCGCAGCGGCGGAGCGGAGCGGCCGCAGGCCCGGAGCCGGGGCUGGGGCCGGUAUGAGCGAGCUGCGGCACCGGCUCGGCCGGGAGCCCGGCGGGGAGCGGGACCCCGAUGAGAAGGAGUCAGAGUCUGAGAACAAGCUGGAUGGAGAGACAGCAUCAGACAGCGAAAGCAAAUCUGAAUUUGGAGGAUCGGCCCCAGUGCCGACAUCGGACGACACUCCAGAGGUCCUGAACAGAGCUCUCUCCAACCUGUCCUCAAGAUGGAAGAAUUGGUGGGUAAGAGGCAUCCUCACACUGGCAAUGAUCACCUUCUUCUUCAUCAUCAUCUACUUGGGACCCAUGGUCUUAAUGACAAUAGUGAUGUGUGUCCAGAUCAAAUGUUUCCACGAGAUUAUCACUAUUGGCUAUAAUGUGUACCACUCAUAUGACCUGCCCUGGUUCAGGACGCUCAGCUGGUACUUCCUGCUCUGUGUAAACUACUUUUUCUACGGAGAGACUGUGACUGAUUAUUUCUUCACCUUGGUUCAGAGGGAGGAGCCCCUGCGGAUUCUCAGCAAAUACCACCGCUUCAUUUCUUUCGCCCUAUACUUAACAGGUUUCUGCAUGUUUGUCUUGAGUCUGGUGAAGAAACACUAUCGCCUUCAAUUCUACAUGUUUGGAUGGACCCAUGUGACGUUGCUAAUUGUUGUUACCCAGUCGCACCUCAUCAUUCACAACCUGUUUGAAGGAAUGAUAUGGUUCAUUGUCCCAAUUUCCUGUGUGAUCUGCAAUGACAUCAUGGCAUACAUGUUUGGGUUCUUCUUUGGCCGCACACCACUCAUCAAGCUCUCCCCAAAGAAGACCUGGGAGGGUUUUAUUGGAGGAUUUUUUGCCACCGUUCUGUUUGGAUUGCUGCUGUCCUACGUGAUGUCUGGCUAUCGGUGCUUCACCUGUCCGGUGGAGUUCAACAAUGACACCAACAGCUUCACGGUGGACUGUGAGCCGUCUGAGCUGUUCCAGCUACAGGAAUACAACAUCCCCUUGGUGCUGCAGUCCGUGGUGGGCUGGAAGACAGUCCGGAUGUACCCCUUCCAAAUCCACAGCAUCGCCCUGUCUACUUUUGCUUCCCUCAUUGGGCCAUUCGGAGGCUUCUUUGCCAGUGGAUUUAAGAGGGCCUUCAAAAUCAAGGACUUUGCCAACACAAUUCCAGGGCACGGAGGCAUCAUGGACCGCUUUGACUGUCAGUACCUGAUGGCUACUUUUGUUAACGUGUACAUCGCAAGCUUUAUCAGAGGUCCUAACCCAAGCAAACUGAUCCAGCAGUUCUUAACCUUGCGGCCAGACCAGCAGCUCCACAUCUUCAACACACUAAAAGCACACCUUGUUGACAAGGGUAUGUUAGGUAGUUUAGAGGACGCAUAGACAGCCGGGCAAUUGGAACAGGACUGAAAACAGACAAGCCUCCUCGAGGAAAUUCCUGGCUUGCCUGAUUUAAGACAAUAACAAGGCCUCAUUUCACUGUAACUUUUCUUCCUUUCUUGGUAAAUGUUUGCAUUUGUGGAUUUUUUUUAAAUAAUAUAUUUAUAUAGCUUUGGUUCAAAUGAGCAAAUCUUGGGUUUGUAGCUGAAAAGGAGUUGAGGCUUGGAAGGACUGUUGGGUGAAGUAGGAGGGUAUGACUACUGUCCUCGUGGCCUGUUCUUAACCUUCGAUGCAUGUGGGCAGAGCUGAACUUUUCCUGUGAGUGUGUUUAUGCAGGGAAUAUGCAAAGCGUUGUCCGUACCCCCGCCUCUGCGCGUGGAGCCAGCAGGGAAGGGGAGGCCGUGCAGCUCCCCUGGCCGUUGGGCGAGGCUGCGUUCAUGAUGGCAACUCUGGGGACCCUCAUUUUCUCCGGUGGUAACUGUGAAUGCAAUGUUAAUAUUCCCAGACAGCCACCUUUAUCCCUGUGUGCAGUCUCCUUGCAGACUGCACGGUGAGCACAAGACUCUGUUAAUUGGAAGAGGAUCUUGUACUAAUCCAGGGACACUUCCUUUGCCCAGCCAGGCACAUGCAUCUAUUUUCACUUGCUGUUUUUUGCAGUGCCUCUCACAUUCCCCCCUUAUGGCUGAUAUUUUGUCAAAUAAGAUUUUUAUAUCCAAUUAAACCAGAAAUAGACUGGGAACGAGGAGUCAAGAAACUGGUAGUUGCUUGCGGGAAUGUGGGAGGUUCAAACUGCUUCAAAACUGAAUCAAGUAAAUAGGUUUUAAAGAACAUUGAAGUUUCAUUGAGUAAUUCCUGCCAAGUAAGAACAACCCUUCAAAUAACUUGGUUCAUUUUCCCCCCAUCAAAUAACCUUUAAGAAACACUGAACCACACUUUCUCAUUUCUUGAUGGUUGGAAACCCUGCACUGGGAUAUUUUGAUUAAUUUGGAGAGCAGUUUCCAACUUGUUUUCUUUUUUUUCUGAAGUUUGCUGGUUGGGGCUCCAGCACCCCACUGGUGCUGCCAGCUGGGUAUUUUGUUUUUCUUUCAGGGAUCAUGUCUAUCACCUGUGUGUUACUUGAUGUCAUGCUGCUGAGUUUAUCAUGGUCUGUGUUGCAUUUCAGUCUGGGUUCAUUUACCUGCAGGCUUCUGUCCUGCUUUGCUUACUAAAUCUUGUCAUAAAGAGUUUGUACUUAACAGUUGCAAGUUUUAUCUAAGUACUUCCCUUUAUUUUGUCUUACUUUUUUAUUAUUUAAAAAUGAGAGCCCUAAAGACUGUAAAACUUUUUUUUUCUGUGAUCAGAGAGUGAAAAUAUCCCCGGUUUACACCUUAUACAAUGUUCCCAAACACAAAGUGACUCUGAUUUUACUUCUUUCCAUAGUUUGUGCCUGGGAGAGAGAAACUUUACCUUAUUUUAACCUGGGGAACGAGUGACAGGGAAAGAUAAUACAGAAGUACAUCGCUGUUUUCAAACAAUUGCUGAUAUAAAUGUUAUAUACAGACACCCCUCACAUGGAGACAUGUACACGCUGCAAGCUGGCUAAGCAUCAACAGAAAAUAAAACACCUGAAAAUACUUUGUAGCUCAUACUCCAUAUUCUGAUUCUGCCAUUGCUUUCAUUUACCCCGAGUGAGCGAGAGAGCAAAUGCCUGUAUAGCGACAUUAACAGAUACCAACCUCUCUGUAGGACUCUGCGUGGUAAGCUCUGCUUCAUCUCCCUAAACAGGAACCACAGGGCAGAAGUUUGUGCCCGUUGUACUGCAAAUACAGGUAUUUGAUUGAAAGCACAGAUAGCAGAGAAGAAGGGUCCGUUUCCACAAAGUAUUUUCAGCACGGUGCUGGCAAAAUUGCCAGCUUUUGGCAGGAGUCAGGACUGCUGCGAUGGAGCCAGUUCAGGUUUGCAUAUGGUUAAUGCCAGUGGUGGACGUGGAGGCUUUCCUGGACUAGCUGUGGAGACUUUUCUUCCAGCUUGAAUUAGGCAGGGAUUUAUUUUCUGUCAAUUUAGGGGCUUGGACCAAUAUCCUCUAAUUGGAAAACUGGAUGGAAGUAUUAAGGUGCUUCCAUCUUGUUUUUUCCUGGGAGAAUAUCUGGUCUGUGCUUCGUGACAAUUUGGUUGAGUUUAGCUAGGCAAAGUGAGGGCACCUGCAAGGAGUACCUGGGCGAAGUGACAGGGUUUUGUGUAGUCUCUGAAAAGCAGUUUGCCCUGUGGGGUCAGACAAGCUGGUGCUUUUCUGGAUUCUCCCUGCCCGUUGCCAACAUCUGCCAAAAUCCCUCGUAGUGCACUGUUCGGUCCUAAAUGAGCCAUCAGAAGAAGCUAUAGUAUUGAUAAAUAUUACAAAAAUAUACUGCUCUUUAUAUUAAGAAAUUUUUCAUAGGGGUCUUUAGUCUCCUGCUCGUCUUGCUUUAAACCUUUUGUACCUCUUUAGUUGUAAUUAGUGGGGCAAAAACCGAACGCAAAGCUUUCCUGCAUGCUUUCAAUUUGAAGUAGCGUAUUUGGGCCUUUCUGAAGGGUGCAGUGCUGGACGUGCACACUGGAGGGCAAAGCAGUUGCAUUUAGUGGCUUCCAAAGGCUGGGAGAGAAGCAGCAGCAGUAACACAUGUGGGUGGUUUCCUGAGGAGCCUGCAGCUGGGUUCUUGCUUCCUUCCCAGCAGCGCAGUGGAAGGGUGGACGUCCAGCCUGUUUUGAUCCUGAGGGGUAAAGCUACGUGGGAAGGGUUUAGCAUCCUGCACUGAGUUUUAGUAAACUGAAUGGGAACAGUGCAUCCAGUUGAGUAAUGGAGGAGGAAGGGAGGGAGAUGGGGGUGGUUAAGAUUUAUUUGCAAGCUGAACUGCCUGCAAAAUAGUGGUGAGCGUCGUACCAUGUCCUGGGCUGGGCUGAGAGCUGUGGCUGGCAAACCCACUUGUACACCACUGGUGUGAAUAUAUGUGAUAGUACUACUCAGCUCUUAGCAACAGCAUGCUCUCCGGGGGAGCGUUUGGUGGGUUUUCCCCAUCAGCCCGGCCUGCGAGUAGCUUUUGUUUGCUGUAGAUAUUUCAAGUUAGACUUAGAAAGUUAGAGGAAAUAACUGAUGUGCUGGCUUUGGCUGUCCCUAAAGGAGUUAACUGUGAUGCCAAGGGGCAUGUAGCAAGACACGCUGCACAUCUUUGCAUUGCAUUCAGGACCUUGGUCAUGCUGCAGCACUUACAAGAAUUGAGGUUUGGAGGGAGGCUGGUGUAGCUAGUGCUAGGGACACCAGGGGUGGCCAGGUAAGGUGAUGUGUGGAUGCUCACGUGAAGUUUCUCCAGCUGCAAGGCUCGAGCUUGGCAUUGCACAGUAGUUUUUGUUCGCAGUGGGCUCCACGGCAGGAGAAAUUCCUCCUGCUUCUGCCCAGCAAGAGGGAAAUAACAGAGCAGACCAGCAAGGGGGGAGGUACUGUAUCAGCUGGUGUGUGUGCUUGGAUCAGAAGGAAGAAAAAGGCAGGAUUUGGCCUAAGUGAAGCUUGCGAGGGUAGUACUGCGGCAGGGGACAGGCUGGUGUGGAAACUACCGCUGCAUUUCCAGUUGGAGUGGACAGAGGGACGCGAGCGUAUUUAAUAAGCAGAGGGGCAGCAGGUGGCUAGAAAGCUGCUUUUGCACCGUGUGAGCAGCUGGCUGUCCUCGAGAGGUGGCUGAACAUCCACGGUGUUUGUUUGCUGGUGGGUGAUUCAGCGAUAUGGGCUGGACACUGGUCUGAUCCACAGUCUGAGCAGCGUGGCUGGGCCAGGUCUGGGUAGACGAGCGCUUGGCACGCCCUGGUAGGAAUUUGCUUCUCCAAGACUGGUUGUAGCCCAAAUUGGUUUGCAGAUCAGAUGCACGGCCAGAUCAUGCCCUGCAGUGCUCAGCCAAACGUCAAACCCGAGUUUCUGCAUACGGUGGCAUGUCCUGUGCUGAUCAGCAGGUGUUAUUUAGAUAUUCUUUGGGGUGAUGGGCUCAGAAGUCUGCUGACACUGAUCUGAAGGGGCCUGGGGUUUACGGUACCCUGUGCAGCUCCUGAAGCUGGAAAUCCCAUAGCAUCAGCUACUGCUUGGUACCAGGCUGUGAAAUGCCAGUGGCUUCGAUUCCAAGGUAUGUCUCCUGUUUCCGAUGUGUGCAGCAAGGUCCCCCGAGCCUGGCUGCGGUGGGAUCCUGGCAGGUCUUCCAGACCCUCCUGGGGGCAGGCGUUUGGCACAAAAAGCAGCGUGUGAAAGCUCCUGUGGUUCCUGCCCUCUGUAACCAGCCCCAGAGUUGCAUUUUGUACUACUGUAAUCUUUGUGUGCUCCUGUUCUCCAGACCUGAUGUGUUUCUACCAUCCGCUUAUUUCUCUGUGCAUUGUUCUUUUGAUUAAUGUUUUAGCUACACAUGUAGAGUUGCCUUUCUUUGACCGAAUGUCCGAAUGUGAUAUAUUGUAUAUUUUAAAGUAUUUACCCUAUUUAUAUACUGUAUGUUACUGUUAAAUAAAUAUAAGUUCCAUUA